UUAAAAUUGUCACAAUCAGGAGAAUAUAUAUGUUCUUAUAAUCGCAGUAAUAAUUCAUUUGUUCAACCAAGUGAUGGUAAAUCAACCACUACUACACUAAUCAUUAAAAUUCCAACUAGCAGCAUAUCACUGGUUCAUAGUCCCAAAGAAUCCUAUUACAAAGUUAAUAAUAGUGUCAUUCUUUCUUGCAAGGUUACAGAGCCUAACUCAACACUGGUUGAUGUUGAAACUACUGCAAUGGUUAAGUGGGGUCCUAGUAAAAAUAUUUCCCAACAAUAUUUUAUUCACUCAUACAAUGAAUAUUUCAACUAUGCUCUCACUAAUAUAAAGCUAUCUGAUGCUGGAGAAUACAGUUGUACAUAUUAUCUCAAUAGUACCACUAAUAAUCCUUAUAUUAUACCAAGUGAUGUCAGGACAGGAGUGACUAAUGUAACAAUUAAAAUUCCUAAUGGUAAUAAUCCAUCAAUUACUCCGUUAUAUUCUUAUUAUACUGUUGGUGACAGCAUUAGCCUCAUUUGCUCUGUCACUUAUCCACACUCUCCUCUUAUUGAUAUUGCUACUACUGUGAACAUACAAUGGCUCAAUUCCUCUAAUCACACUCUAAACUCAUAUACUGGUAUCAAUAAUAAUACUGAACACACUAUCAGCUACACUAUCAAUGAUGUUUCAUUAUCUGAUGCUGGACAAUAUACUUGCCAGUACAAUAUAUCAUGUACUAAUCAUUCAUUUGUCCUACCCAGUGAUAAUAUGAGAGCUUCAACUAAUGUUUUUAUUAAAAUUCCUAAUGACAAGGUUCCAGUAAUUAAUCUCAUUCCUCAUCAGUCUGUGUAUGAUGCUGGUAGUGACAUUACCCUCUCAUGUUCUGUCACUUAUCCAUACUCUUCCUACAUUGAUGUCGAUACUAAUUUGACUCUACAAUGGUUCAAUUCAUCUAAUCACAUUCUUAACUCCAGUACCAUUAUCAAUGAUAAUAAUGGACACACUCUUACCUACACUAUUAGUAAUGCAAGACUAUCUAAUGCUGGACUGUAUACUUGUUCCUUCUUCAUUAAUACUAGUGUCCCUCAUAUAGUUACAAGUGAUGCUACCAGAAAUUUUACCAUCAUUAAUGUAAAAA